AUGCAACGCCGGCAACCCGCUCCAUAUCAAAGAGCUCAGCCCAAGCAUCCGUCCGGCCCCUCACCCUUUGGUCUUUGUAGUCCACCUACGCCUGACCAAGAGCCGCAUACCCCUAUCCAGGAAAAUGCCUUUCCGUCGAAACUUCAGCCCUACACCUCGCAUGCCCCGUAUUCGCCACAGAUUCCUCAAGCCCUCGCAUACCCUCAGCGAGUGAUCUUACCGUCUUAUUCGACACAAGCACUGAAAACUUUUGCGCCUCAACAGAUGGCCUACACUCCUGAUGCGGCCAUGGUUCCUAUUCGAAGUCUUCAGUCGGAGAAAUCUUUCGUGGCAAGACGGACGGUCAGAGUUGCAGAUAUGAAAGCCUUCCCAGACAAGAGAGACUCUAGCAAGCAACAGUGGCUCCUGUCAUUUACAAUCAAGGAUGACUUUGAUACGAUCGACGUCAAGGUUUGGCAAAAAACACGAGAGUCCAUGGAUACUUACUCCCAGAUAUCGCUGAAUCAAGUGGUUCAUAUAUGGACAGACGAUGUCAAGAUCAAUACGAAGCCGUCUAUGGGCAAUCAUGCUGCCAGCGCACAGGCUACCUCAUCACCGCUCUGUCUGAAUUUGAGCGAGGGCAAGGUCGGCCAUAGAAUUGACUUCGGCUGCAAAGCAGAGAUGGCAACUCUGUUUAGAACGGCCCUUGGCGCCAAUGCGGGCGGAGUCGUUCACUCGGUAAUCAUAAAGAGCAAGCAUGGGCCUGUCGCCAAGACGCCGUUAACGGUAUUUGAUGCGCAAGGACAGGAGGCUUCCCUGACUCUAUGGGGAGAGACCAUGGGUACUAUGGUUCAGAAUUGGGUUCCCUUUACAACGACCCUCAUUCUUUCCGGUGCGCAAGUGAGCAUGUAUGGCCUGAAGCCUCAGAUAACGGUCGGGUUCAACACUCACAUUCAGGUGGACCCUGUUUGCAAGAAUGUCGAGGCAAGCGAUUGCAGAUGA